AAGGGGGGAAGCUCAAGAAACUGCACAGAGGAAGAAAGGCUCCUGCAGGGAGUGUGGAAGGCAGAAGGCUGAGUUGCAGCCAGGCCAUGUUCUUGUCUAACCGAGGGACAGUGGGAGGAUUCUUCCUGGCUGGACGUAAAAUGGUGUGGUGGCCGAUUGGUGCUUCUCUGUUUGCCAGUAACAUUGGCAGUGGGCACUUUGUGGGCUUGGCAGGCACAGGAGCGGCUGCAGGAAUCGCCAUUGCAGGAUUUGAAUGGAACGCCCUGAUAAUUGUAUUUGCUCUUGGCUGGUUGUUUGUACCCAUCUACAUCAGGGCUGGGGUGGUGACGAUGCCAGAGUAUCUCAAGAAGCGCUUUGGUGGCCGACGGAUUCAGAUGUAUCUGUCAGUCCUUUCUCUGCUCCUCUAUAUUUUCACCAAGAUCUCUGCAGAUAUGUUCUCUGGAGCUAUAUUUAUCCAAAUGGCCAUGGGGCUAAAUCUUUAUUUGGCAAUAAUCAUACUGCUGGCUGUUACUGGUCUUUACACGAUCACAGGUGGCCUUGCUGCUGUGAUUUACACAGACACCUUACAGACCAUCAUCAUGCUGGUGGGAUCCUUUAUUCUCACAGGAUUUGCAUUUGCCAAAGUAGGAGGAUAUGAGGCCUUUAUGGAGAAAUAUAUGAAUGCAAUUCCAGGAAACACCUCAUAUGGAAACAUUAACAUUGACCCAAAAUGCUACACCCCUCGGGCAGAUUCUUUCCACAUCUUCCGAGACCCAAUCACUGGAGACCUGCCAUGGCCGGGGCUUACCUUUGGCUUGAGCAUCCUUGCUUUGUGGUACUGGUGCACAGAUCAGGUUAUUGUUCAACGAUGCCUCUCAGCCAAGAACAUGUCCCAUGUGAAGGCCGGCUGUGUCAUGUGUGGGUACCUGAAGCUGCUGCCCAUGUUUGUGAUGGUGAUGCCUGGGAUGAUCAGUCGAAUUCUGUACACAGAUAUGGUGGCUUGUGUCGUGCCCUCAGAAUGUGAGAAAUACUGUGGCACCAAAGUUGGCUGUUCAAACGUUGCUUAUCCAAAAAUGGUGGUGGACCUUAUGCCGAAUGGUUUGAGAGGUCUGAUGUUGUCAGUCAUGUUGGCCUCUCUCAUGAGCUCCCUGACUUCCAUUUUUAAUAGUGCUAGCACUCUGUUCACCAUGGACAUCUACACCAAAAUACGAUCCCAGGCAACUGAGAGAGAGCUCAUGCUGGCUGGAAGGUUAUUUAUUUUAGCUUUAAUUGGUAUCAGCAUUGCUUGGGUUCCCGUGGUGCAGUCAGCUCAGAGCGGGCAGCUCUUUGAUUAUAUACAGUCUAUCACCAGCUACCUGGGGCCACCCAUUGCUGCUGUCUUCCUGCUUGCUAUCUUCUGUAAGAGGGUCAAUGAGGAGGGUGCUUUCUGGGGCUUGUUCAUUGGACUGGUAGUUGGGCUGUCUCGAAUGAUUGCAGAGUUUGCCUAUGGUCCUGGAAGCUGUGUAAACCCCAGCAACUGUCCAAAGAUAAUUUGUGGAGUUCAUUACCUUUACUUUGCUAUAAUCCUUUUUACGAUCUCCACCAUCGUCAUCCUGGGUAUCUCACUGAUAACUAAACCUAUUCCUGAUGUACAUCUCUAUGGCUUGUGCUGGACUCUGCGGAACAGCGAGGAGAAGCGUAUUGACCUGGAUGCAGAUGAGAGGAUUGAGGGACUUGAGAGUAAAGAUGAUGAAUCAGAAGGUGGCGAUGAAGGACAAGGGAUCUUGAAGAAGGCCUACAACUGGUUCUGUGGCUUCGAUCAGAAAAAAGGGCCCAAACUGAGCAAAGAGGAGCGGGAAGCAAUGGAGAAGAAACUGACUGACACUUCCGAGGUGCCAUUCUGGAGAAAUGUUGUGAACAUCAAUGGGGUCAUUCUGUUGGGUGUGGCUGUAUUCUGUCAUGCCUUCUUUGCAUAAAUCUAACCUUAUGCUCCAGAGUUUUUAUGAAGGUCUAACUCAAGUUCAUUUUCCUUUUGAAUUUGCACUGUAUUCUUCAAAAGAUAAACAACACUACACUAGAUCCACGUAUCAGACUAGUUAGCUGAGAUUUAAUUCAUUACAUUGAUUUAUUCAUUGUUAUUUUUAAGAAGUUGGUGAAACUAGUUUGAUUUCUAUGCCCCUUUUUUCUUAAUUUCCCUAAAGUGAUCCCAGGUUUUCUUUAGUUCAGCUAUAUGGAGGGCUGUGCUAUAGAUUCAGGAUGAAUGAAUCCUUUCAAAAUAUAGGCUGUCUUAUGUAAGUUCCCUAUGCAUGACAUUUUAUUGAUGUAUUCCUUUGAUACUAUAGCUGUGGUUUUUUUUUCAAUAGAAUUUUUCUGUCUCUAGUCUCUGUUCCAUAUGUUAUGCUAUUUUUCAGUGGACUUUUUCCCUCUCUAGUCUUUAUUCACUCUUUCUCCUAAGUGGAAUAUGAACCCCCGUAGCUUCUGAGUUUAACUUUUGUAUUUGUGCUGUUUGAGUUGGUUUGAAAAUUAGGCAGAACAAGUUUGGCCAGUCCUAAUAAGAGUUGUGUUUAUGCCUGACUCUUCAAGAUUAGCUUUAAAAGUUCAUACACAGACUGUGCAUUUAGUUUUAAUAUGAAUGUAUCCUUGAAUGUGAAAGCUCUAUUUAUAAAAAUAUAUUCUUGUUGAUUUUGAUUCCCCAGCAUGAUACGUCAAAGUUAGCAUCCAUUUACAUUGACUGUAGACCUCCAUUUUAUAAGGAAGGCCCUAGUGUACUCUUAAUUCCCCUUCUUAGUGGAUUUACCACCUGGUAAUUCUUUAUCAUGGGUGAAUAUUCUAAGCAUCAGAACACUGGCCUUGUGUCUUGCUUCCAAGUACUCAAAGACAUUACAGUAUUUUUCCUGUCAAAUUAUGAAUCUUCAUAUGUCAAUUUUGCUACAAAAUUUCAUUUAUGCCACGAGUAAGACUGUUACACUGUAGUUUCCCCAAGGAAAACAGUCUCUGCUCUGACACCAUCUAAACAAUUCCAAUUGUCUUCACCUUAUUUGGGAGUGUGAGACAGUGAUGAGGCAAUGACCUUGGUUUGGGUCUCAGAGACCAAUAUGGUGAGACAAUGUGUGAUACUGCAAGUCCAGGUUGAAAAGUGCAAAUAGAUAGAACUUCUUACCAUCUAAUUCAUCUUCCCCAGGAGGCGUGGAUACAGAGAAGGCACUUGGGAAAUUCCCAGUUGGCACAGCUAAUCUGUAUCACAGUGCUUUGUUGCCUUAUGUACUACAGCUUCCUACACAGCGAGGUGUAACAUGCAUCUCAUCUACCUGCAGUAUUGUACAGCAUUGCGAACUGUGCUGCAACAUGUAACAGGCCAGCCAAUGUGGUCUUCUGUAAAUCCCUUUAACUUUCAUCACACUGUGCUGUUGUCUCACAGUCUGUUGCUACUUCAGAGGAGUGCAUAACAGAAUGUACUGUCCUCUUGCAGCUGCAAUAUGAUCUUCAGGAUAAUUCUGUCUCUCUGCAGUAUCCUGACAUGUACUGCAUAGUGCCAAAUCAAAUCAGUAUAAUCUAAAUCCUAAUGCAAACUGUCUUCUUUUAAUGAAUACAGCAGCAGGGAGAAUCUUAAGUCAUCACUUUGUUGUACUAUGGAAUUCAUUAUAUUUCACUAACUAUGAAGGUUUGUAUGUAUUAAAAUUUUUCUAAUGCGUUUGGGGUCCACAAAGUCAAGAGUUGGUUGUAUAAGACAAUGGAAAAUGUGAAAAAUAAAAAAAAUUGCUCUUUGA